UCAGAAGAACACACAACUCACACAAGGCUCAAAAGUUAUCUUGUUUUAGUAAGUUAAGAUGGCCUCACCAAGAGUUAAGGAAGAUAAUUACCGUUACAACUUGUAUGGAGAAGAAGAGAAGAACACCAAAUGGAGAUAUGGGGCUCCUCCUAACUAUGGUGCUGUCAACAAAAUCUUUGAACAAGGCAGAACCAAGACAUGGCCUCCUGGAUCACUGGAAGAGAAAGUGCAAAACCUUGUAAAGACAUGGGAAAUGGAGAUGUUUCAUAAAGUAAGGGAUGAAGAUUUUAAGACAAUUGAUCCCAAGAAGUACACAUUCAGCCUAAACGGAAGGAAAGCUGUAAGUUUGGAAGAGAAGAGAAAGCUUGGGGGAGGCUACAACUCUUUGCUGCAAACCUCUUUGCCGGAUGAGCUCCGGGGCUACAACCCGUCAGAAGAAACCAUAGAUACAGCUCAUAUGGCUUUCGUAACCACUUUCCCACGCGGUUUUGCCCUAGAGAUUCUCCAUGUGUACUCCGGUCCACCGGUGAUUGUAUACAAGUUCAGGCACUGGGGUUUCAUGGAGGGCCCUUUCAAGGGCCAUGCCCCUACCGGCGAACAGGUUGAACUCUUUGGGAUGGCUAUCUUUGAGUUGGACGAUGGUGGGAAAAUCGUGAAGGUUGAGUUCUUUUUCGACCGCGGUGAACUUCUCGGAGGCCUUAUGAAGGGUGCAAGCGUUGGCAGUUCGAGUAAAGAGGCAGCCUUAGGUUGCCCAUUCUUGAAGAACACAGGGUAGCUUCACAAGCCAGGGUGUCACAAUCUAAUAGUAGUUGCUAUAAGCGAAGGACUAAGGAAUAAUCCAUGCCCACAUUGGCAUACAAAGUGUACUUAUUUCUCAAGUAUUUUCUGUUCUAUGGCAGUAAUUUAUGCAUCUCUUUCUUCUGUUUUUAAUUUAAA